UAACUUUUUUUCAUGUUAUUUUCUUCUUGUGGUGAAUGGUUCUUUUGGGAAUGAAAACUGGCUUCUUAGAACUUGCUAGUGGAAGCAUUUUAUUGAUUUCUUUGGAUUCCAGAUGUACCUGGCUUGAGAAAUCUUUCAUAUAUGCCAUCUGCAUGUAAAUCAAAUCAAAACAUUUGAUCAAAUGAUUUUGAACAGCGAGCAGUGUUAGGUACAAUCUUUAUCUUUAUGCUUCCAUACUUUUAAAACUGGCAUUGAAAACAUGAAAUUGAAAAUUACUGUUUUCCUGUUAUAUUAUAAUCUUGUAGAAUGUAAUUAUUGGGAAAGCAUUUUCUUUGCAUUUUAUUGUACAGAAAGUAUAUUAAUACUUGAAAUAUCGCACUAUGUGAACUGAAUUCAAGUACUUCCUGAAUACAUGUUUUCUCUGAACUGCAUUAUCCGACUCACUAGUCUGUCGUGACUGUGCUGAAAAGCCAUGUUUAGGUAAGGAUGCCUGGUUGCUAAGCAAUCAGCAUUGGAGACUUAAACACUUAAAGCUGUAGUGCAGAGUUUUCCAUUCUAAAUGGUAACAUACUUUCAUGUUGCAAAACAGAAGGUUGUAGUAUUGGCUUUUUUCUUUGUUAAAUUUGUUGUUUUCAUAUGCACUUUAUACAAGGCACACUGUUAUUGCAGCAAGGUUCGAAGUUCUGAAAUUUUGCAUGCUUAAAGAUGCCCUUACUUUUUAAUACUGUUUUAACUGGCUGCUGGAAAAAGCCUAACCCAUUCCCAGUGAUAGCUGUUUAGGAAGCAUGCAACAUUUGCUGGAUAGAUUAGUCUGAUUUUUCCAUUUUUCCUGCUCCUUAUGGUUAUGUGACUGGUAAAGGAUUGCUUCAAGGCAUAAAGGAGCUAGGGCACAGUGCAACUAAUACAAAUGUCGAUCAUACCCAUUUGCUACUUGGCAUUUUCAGGCGCAGAAAAUAACAGCGGGGCGGAUGUCCUGAAUGAGGAAGCACAAUGGUGUAUCCUGCCCAGUUGAGCUUGGCUCAAAGCAGGAGUCACUAAACAACCCACAGAUCUUCUGGCUGUGAUGUGUUCUGUAUAACAUAUUAACCAGGAGCUCCAGCUUAGCUCUGUACCAACAAGCCAGAGAGAAACCUAGAACAGAUCAUUGGCUAUUUCCCUGACUUUUAGGAGAUACAGGACAGAAUUCUGGGUUUACACAUUGCAGCAAACAACUCAAGAACACACAUUUCCUUGUUCAUGAUAACCCAGAUUUCUUUUCUUAGAAUGAUGAGCAAUUGUCGCUUGUAAAGCAGGCCAACUUGAAGUCAGUAAAAGAAAGGGCAACGUUCUCUGUCUACUUUAAUCGAAACUCCCAAGAGAUUGCUUUAACUCCUUCUAGUGGAAAAUAUAUAUAACUUUUUUCUCAGGAACUGGAUAGUAUGAUUGGAACUACCAGGAGAAGAAUUGAAUUUGCGAUUGGUGGUUGUGCACAUAUUUCUUAAACAAUGAUGGGAAUCUGAUGUUGAUGCAGCAUCUUACAACAUCAGUAUAAUUUAUUUAUAGAUUUUAGAUGAUUUUAUUAAUGUAGGAAACAAGAAAAUAAUACAUAGUACUCAGCAUAAAAUGGUUUCAUUUAAUAAAUACUAUCAUUUCUAAAGAACUUCUCCACAUUAUUUUCUUCAGUCUGGGAAGAGAAGAUAACUUCUUAGAACUUGUCAAUGGAAAAUUCCUAUUUCAUUCAGUCAUUGUGGUAAGCCAGGUUGAUAGAACUCUUUUCCAAAUUUGAUUCAAUCGCCACUUUCUGUUUCUGCUAUUUGGCACUCAGUGCUUUUGCUUAUGGAGUCAAAGCAAUACAAUCCUUUCGCAAAACAGUUGACUUGGGGAAACAGAAAGGUUUGCAGGAAUGCAAAGGGGGCAGGGAGGAAAAAAUCUUGAGUAUAAGACCAGUAUAGCCCAGUGGUGACUGAGCAUGCUCAGCCAUGGAAUGCUGUCCGACACAGAAUGCAAAAUCAGGGGUGGAGGUAUGGAAUGGAGUGGCUGGCAUCCUUGAUUGGCAGCACUCUACACUGCAGCCUUUGGUUGCAAGUCCCAUCCCAUUUCACAACAGGGACCUGUCAUUCUAAAGCCAAUUUAUAAUUGCUUCCUCAUAAACAUCCGUUUGGAGGCAAUUGUGACUCUCACUACAGGACCAUUUUUCUUGCUCCUGCCCUCACCUUUUGGUGGAAAAUGACAAAGCUGAAUUUUCUUAAAGCCUUUCAACUGGAGUUGUCAGUUGCUCAAAUAAUAAUAAUAAAAAAAAAAACCCUGCAAGAAACUCCUGUGAGUCAUAGAAGUGGGUGUGUUUCUGCAGAGAACAGCUUUCGUAAUUCACCCAAUCCGUCACCAGAGUCCAAAGGAUAGAAAACCCCUGUACGCAGACUCUGCUCUGGCAAAGAUCUUUUCUCUUUACUACCAAUGUGGAUUACAACCGAGCUCCUUUCUUUCCUUAAACAUAUGGUUGGCUUUGUGUUCAUCGCAGGUCAAGCCCAGCCUGCAAAGUAACUGACAGGAUGAUACAGUUGAGUACAAAUUCUGGGCAGCUUUGGCAGUGAGAGAGAUUUGGGUUUUACCUGGUCAGAAGGUGAACGUGAUGACAGCCUGGUCUAUGGUGGAAAGGCUGAAGAUGGAAAAGAGGCGCUCCCAAGAAGAGAGGACUACGGAGCAAGAGGGCAGGGAUUGCAGUGCAGAAUCAGAAGAAUGGACAAGCUCGGAGAGUGAGCCGGAGCAGCCUUACUUCAGGAGCAGCUGCAGCAACUCUCAGUGGAGAGAGAAGGAGAUUUCUCACAAGCCGCAUCGGCAGCUUUGCCGCUCUCCUUGCUUGGAUCGUCCGAGUUUUUCUCAGAGCAGCCUCCUUCAGGAUUUAAAACUGGAAGAGAGUAAAACGAACUUGAACAAAGAGUAUCAAGCUAAAAUCGAUUUUGCUUUAAAACUGGGAUAUGCUGGAGAUCAGAUUCAAGCUGUGUUGAACAAGCUGGGAGCUGACGCUCUCAUCAAUGACAUUUUGGCGGAGCUGGUGAGGCUUGGAAACAAGGCUGAGAAUGAAGGGCAAGCCAGUACUGGAAGUACCACUGGCACCUCUGGUACCGGUCCGAAGGAGACCACCAGUCCUGAGCUGUCCCUGGAAGAUGAAGUGGUGGACAGUUCUGACAACUUGAGACCAAUUGUCAUUGAUGGAAGUAAUGUGGCAAUGAGCCAUGGGAAUAAAGAAGGAUUUUCCUGCAGAGGGAUUCAGUUAGCUGUUGACUGGUUUCUAGAGAAAGGUCACAAAGAUAUUACAGUAUUUGUACCUACCUGGAGAAAAGAGCAGUCUCGACCAGAUGCACCAAUUACAGAUCAAGAAAUUUUACACAAACUGGAAAAGGAAAAGAUCCUUGUUUUCACCCCAUCCCGGAGAGUGCAAGGGAGAAGGGUAGUCUGCUAUGAUGACCGUUUCAUAGUGAAACUGGCUUAUGACUCCGAUGGCAUCAUCGUCUCAAAUGACAAUUACCGUGAUCUCCAAAAUGAAAAGCCAGAAUGGAAGAAAUUCAUAGAGGAACGGCUGCUGAUGUAUUCCUUUGUGAAUGACAAGUUUAUGCCACCUGAUGACCCAUUAGGACGCCAUGGUCCUAGCCUGGAGAACUUCUUAAGGAAAAAGCCUGUUAUUCCAGAGCACAAAAAACAACCCUGUCCCUAUGGCAAAAAGUGCACUUAUGGACACAAAUGUAAAUAUUAUCACCCAGAACGAGCAAACCAGCCACUGAGAUCCGUGGCAGAUGAGCUUCGCAUUAGUGCCAAAUUAUCGGCUGUGAAAACGAUGAGUGAAGGCGCUCUGGCUAAAUGUGGCACCGGAACAGCCCUUUCCAAAGGAGAAAUCACUUCAGAAGUGAAGCGCAUUGCUCCGAAACGUCAGUCCGAUCCAAGCAUUCGGUCAGUGGCUGUGGAACCCGAGGACCGGCUGUCAAUGGCACGGAAGUCCGAGGCCAAUUCUGUCCCUUCUCUUGUGUCAGCAUUGAGUGUUCCAACCAUUCCACCUUCCAAAAGCCAUCCAGUUGGGGCAUUAAAUACACGGUCAGCAAGUAGCCCAGUGCCAGGUUCAUCACAGUUCACACACCAGAAAUCUUCCCUGGAGCACAUGACCAGUGUGCAGUAUCCUCCGAUCCUGGUGACCAAUAGCCAUGGUGCUUCAAUCAACUACACAGAGCAGUACCCAAAGUACGAGUCUCUGGGAGAUCAAGGCUACUAUUCCAUGCUCAGCGACUUCUCCAAUUUGAGCAUUGGCAGCAUGCAUAAUGCCGAUUACUACGGGGCCGAUGUGGACCAAGGCAUUUACUCGAGAAAUUCCAGCCCGUGCCCUGACAGUUGCUUAAGCCAUACAAAUAAUGAUUCGUAUUCCUCGUAUACUGACUUGUAUCUGGGUGUCGGAGAUGCAAGUCAAGAAGAGAACGUGAAGGUUCAUCGGCUCCCACCACAAAACCGUCUCCAGCCUUUUUCUCAUGGUUAUCAUGAGACCUUAACGAGAGUCCACAGCUAUGGCACUGAAGGAACUAAGCAUCCUCCUCACAAACAUUCGGCCUCCCAUUUGGCGCUGCACAUUCAACACCCCGUCAUCGGGGCACGGUCCAGCUGCCCUGGAGACUAUCCGGCACCUCCAAAGGUCCAUCCAUCCGCCUCUGCCCAGCCAAGCCGCGCCCUCGUUAUGACCAGAAUGGACAGCAUUUCCGACUCGCGGCUUUACGAAAGCAACCCCACGCGGCAGAAAAGGCCACCCCUCUGUCGUGAGCAGCAUGCCAGUUGGGAUCCAUUACCGUGCGCGACGGAUGCCUAUGCAUACCAUUCCUACCCGCUGAGCAACAGCCUCAUGCAGCCAUGCUAUGAGCCUGUCAUGGUGCGCAGCAUGCCCGAGAAGAUGGAGCAGCUCUGGCGGAAUCCGUGGGCUGGAAUCUGCGGGGAGCCCCAGGAGCAGCACGUCAUUCCUGAGCAUCAGUACCAGACCUAUAAGAACCUCUGCAACAUUUUUCCUGCCAGUGUCGUCCUCUCUGUAAUGGAGAAGAACCCCCACAUGACAGACGCACAACAAUUGGCAGCUGUGAUUGUUGCCAGAUUGAGAACAGGUCGUUAAAAGGAGCUUCAAAGAAGGCUAAAUAUUGAAAAUGUCAUGCAAGAAUUCUGGAGGAGAACUCUGUGAAUGAAAAGAGAUAUUUCCUUUUUGUGAAUAGUUUCUAACUGUGGUAUACCAUUCUGUAGAUUGUUGUAACAAUUGUAUUUAAUACAUGUGUGUAACAUUCUGUAAAAGCUGAUUGUAUUAUAAAUAUGAGUAUUUAAAAAUUUUUAAAGCAGGGAUUUUUUAAAAAGGCAUUUUACAGGAAGUGCGUACCUUAUGCAUGGAUGUAUCAUUUAUUGAAUCCAAAAGGUCAUAUGUUUAUGUCUGAAACAGGUCCUUAAAAACUGUUAGCAAUUAUAUUGCAUGAGACAAUGUGUAGUUUUCAGUAUUUACUGACAUGUUGCUCCAAAAAAUAAGCUCUGUGCACUUGAACAUCCUCACAGACAGUGGUUAGGCAUCCGUCGUCAAAGAACAUAGGGUAGGAAAAGAUGGAUCACUUGAUAGGCCUCAUUUCCUGAAAGGGCGUUUGCCCUGCUGAGUGGUUCGUGCAUGAAAAGGCUUUUGGGGGAGGCCCAGUUAUCCAGGGAAUCCUCUGUGUGUGCAAUAGAUAUCCUUUUGCACAUGAAAAGCACUGCCCAACCUUGAAGAAAAGGGGAUUUGUGCAUGAAAUACAGUCAAUGUAUACCUCGACCUUCUGGAUAGCUUUAGCUAGUGCCCCGUGGGGAGGGGAACAUCAGUGACAAAUUGAUCCCUUGUAAGCUGAUAAAAUCAUUCUUGCAAGCUGAUAAAAUCAUUCUAAGGACUGCUGUAAUAUUUGCACUUAAGGAUUGUUGUUCUAAUUGGCAUUUCCGAGAUUUUAAAUCUAUCCAAUUCAUUCUAGUCCAAAAGCAGUCAAGUCGUAGCAUCCCAGAUUUAAUUCUGCUUUUAUUUUCCAAAUGUUUUGACCAAAUAUCCCCCGACCCCCAUUGUGCCGAAUGGAUGCUAAUGUAUGAAUACACAAAUUAGCUUUUAAAAUUCCCUAUUGGCUUUAAUUGAUGUUGGAACAGAAUCCAGUUUUCAAAGGGAUGCUUCAGAAUUGGGGUUACUGCCAAGCUUGCUUGUUUUUUGCACUUUAAAAUCCAUGCAAAGGUGUGUGUUUGUUUCCUGGAAUUCCUUGUUUGACAGACCAGAAUUGUCAUUCUGUGGGUGGCAAUUUUUGGCAAUGAGUAUUUUUGCUCAGGGGUGGGCAACUUUGUAGCUAAAUGUCUCCCACAAGAAGUAUUUAUGGUUGUGAUGGCUUUGUUCUUCUUGUCGUUGUUUUUUAAGCUGCACUGACCGGACACCCUUUUUAAAUCCAAAUGUGUAUUUCAACAUUUUGAACCACUACUAACUCGAUAUGUCUCGAGCUAGGACUUGUUGACUUCUACUGUAGUUUUUUUUCAUGAAAGUCGAGAAGGCCUGGUUUCUGGCCUUUUGUUUCUUCAUGAGAAGGUGUGACACUGCCUAAAUGUUUCUUACUAUGAAACACACGGAAUGUGAGGCUGCAGUCAGGGUUGUUUCUGGUGUUUUGAUAACGGCUUGCAAGCUGCUUUCUGGUUAUUUGUUAAUCCCAGUGGGAAAACAAACAAACAAACAAACAAAUGUACUGUGUCCUCUACUUGAAUGAUUGCACUGAUGCCCGGAAUGGCUCGUGGCCCAUUUCUGUUUUGUGUCGCAUGAAUAUACUUUCAGGGGAUGGUGAAGAGAUCAUCACGCGUUAAGUUGGCGGUUCACUGCCCGCCAAGAGCUGGUAGCAAUCCCAAGCCAUGCUGCUCCAGUUUGCAGCAGUCAAACUGGGCUGAGAGUCUGGGCCAGGCAACACCCAUCCUCAGUGCCAAAAAGAAGGGGGGAAAGGAACUUGGCUAGCUUGCUAGGAUCCUGCCGAGUGCACAAGUGCUGAGCCGAGAGGAAGGUGCUGUCUGGGCACAGCCACCUGAAUAGAAUAAAGGCCAGAGGAUCUGCUCACCCAUGACAGAACUUCUUGGUAGUUUCCAGGGACUCGGAGGUCACUUCCGCAUCGUACGAGUGCUGUUUCACGGCAUCUUGCUCUGUUUGGAAAUGGCGUCAUCCACUUUUAUUUCUCGGUGUUCAAACUCCCGAGAGCCGUGUGUAGUCAGCUGCAUUUCUCGAAUCCUGGCAGGAAUGUCAGUGCUGCACUGUACUUCUCCAUUCUUUGUGUGUUCACCGGUUAGUUCAGCCAUUGCUGAGCCCGUAGAAAGGUUUUGGAUGGUGCACUUGUUGAUUUACAGCCAGGAGGGCUCUUGCCCUCCGCCUCAUUUCACCCAGUCCUUUCAGAGGGCACCCCAGAAAUUGGAUCAGCCCUGUACUUUGAUUUGUGCACCAUUAGACACAAACGGUAAAGGUACUGGGCAUUUACAUUCAAAAAACGGUUUGCAGAACUGUUUUGGACCUGCUCUUUUAACUAGAAUCUUCUCAGUCAGAAUGGGAUCCAUUUCUCAUUGAGUUAUUUUAUACUUCGAGUUAACUUGCACUUCUCUCGUGUGUGUUACACAAAAGCAGCUGAGAGCAACGCCUCAAAUAACCAGAAACGACCUUUUGUUUGUUGAUACAAAUUGUAUCUCUUUCUUGAUUGUAUAAAAAAUGUACAAAAGCCAUCUCUAGAUUAGCUUCAAUAUUGUAUUUUCAUCACUAUGUUUGUGACACUGUGUGUCACAGGAGAGUAGCCCAUGGCAGAUUAUGAAUCUUUUUAUUUAAAAUGGGCACUUAACAGUUUAUAGAAAAAAGCAACUUUUGAAAUCCACUUUAUUACUCUGAUGUGCACCACUUACGCGUGUACAUUUAAAAGCACUAUGCUGCAUAAGUUAUAUUAAGUCUGUUUAUUAAAUGAAUGCAUUCUCGCAAUGGAUUAUUUUUUGUAAAAUAUCAGUGUUGAUAGGGUUGUUGAUGUUCACAUUUAUACACUGUUGUAAGCCCAUGACAUGGAGUUAUUGACAGUAAAACUGCUGUGCAUCCAGCUUUUGUUUUAGCAGGACAAAUACUCAGUUCGGUGUAAAUUUUGUGCACUUGCAAACUGUUGCAUGGAAUUCUGUUUCUGUACAAAAAAGGGCCAUUCUCCAUUUUAUUCCUGUUUUAAGGCAAACUGUUGCGAGGGAUUUUAGAAGCGUCUUUCAGCAGACGUAAUGCUGAGCUGAGGUUGCUGCGUGAGGUUUUUAUUGGGGACUAAAAUAUUUUACUGUCAUAGUGAGUAAAAGUUUUAUAUUUAGUCCUAUGUGAUGUUUAGUUCUAUAUUUAUAAACAAUCAAGUCUUUUUUUAGUGCUUUCUUGAAGCAAUGUACCAUAACUGUAGCAUGCAUUUUUCUUUAAGGAAGGAAGGUGGUCCCUGCAAAUAGGCCCCAAAUCUGUCUUUUCUCCAAGGACAGAAGGGAGAGUGAACAUUUUGAAUUAGUCUGCAUUUUUGCUGACCAAUCAUUUUUCAAUUUUAAACUUUAAAACAUUUGUUGUCUUGAUACACUUCUCGCUUUCUCCCUCUCCUUUUCCCAUGCCAGUUUGAAACACUGACAUUGCAUUGCCUUCAUCUCUUAACACAGAAUUUCUUCUAACAUAGAAGGGAUGAUAUAAAAACAAGUCAUAGUUGCCUAUAUUGUAAAUAUAAGACACUGUUUUACAAUGCUCUUUUUGAGAGCACAGUAUUUAAUUUUUUUAAAUUGUGUACCAAACAGCUACUGAAUAUUUUAUCUGUCUGUCUGUCUGUCUAAACUAAAAAUGGCCCAGUAAUCUCCCUUUUGUAAAAUAUUUAUUUGAAUUUUAACUUUCUGUAAUUUAUUAUUGAGGAGGGCUUAAUAUUCAGCUUGCUCCGCAACUGAGAUGUUACCUGGGAAAACACACAAGGUCAUUUUAAAAUGCUAUCCUGAGUUAAGCAGUUUUGUAGAUAUUAUACGACACUCAGUAUUGCUUUUGCUUGUAUACACGAUUUUGACUACUGUUAGUUGUGCUGUUGUCCUGUCGAGCUACAGUAGUUUGCUUUCCUCAUUUGUAGAAUUAAACAUUCCUGUUUAAUUGUUGUAAAAAUUUAUAAAAUCUCUUUGGGUUUUUUUGUGGACCCAAAUAUAAUGUAAGUCUCAAUGACAAAGACUGAAGAUAGACUGCAUAGCCCGUUGCCCCGAUCCAGCAAGAUGCGUACAUCAAAGGCAUCUUCUGCAAGUGUCGAAGCAGCCUGUGGGCCAGGCUGGCCGCUCAGGUUCUGCUGAACGGGCUGCUUGCUGCAGAUGUGGAUGAGAAACUGUGUACCUCGAGAGCAGAGUCGGGGCCAGCGUGUGGUGUACAAUAUUGGUUUAGUAUUUUGUGCAAUGUUUUUAUCUACAGCUGCAUGUUUAAUGCAUUCACUGGGAUGAGAUGUUACACUGCCUUUGUAAAAAGUGUUUUUAUAAACUAAAUGGCUGAGAUAAUCACCAAAGCACUGCUUGCAAGAGGGACGGAAAUGUUAUUUUCCCUUAAUGUGAAAACUGAUGCCUUCAUAUUUUUAGUUAUCUAGAGCAUUAGUUUGUAGAUGUCUCCUGGUAGUAUCUGCUGAACAAGUGAUGUACUUGAAAAACUCUCUGCUGGGCCUGCCAUCACCUCAGUUGCUCUUGGGUCCCACUGAACAUGCUUGAUGUCAUCACUGAAUUCUGAGUCUGGUUUACAUUUCCUCAGGCCUGGCACAAGUUGGCACAUCUUACCUAGAGUACAGAAUUGAUUAGCACCAAGUGAUUUGCUUAGACUGCUGAAUGUUUUCAAGUGCAAAGCUUUUCAUUUGUGUUGGUUCAGGUAGAGGACUUGCCGGACGGCAUAGCUCACCUGGCUCUGCUGAUUAGUAACAGCAUCACUGUGGCUUUGGCAGGAAGCUCAAGCCAAACUCACUGGGAAAUGCCAGCUACCUGAAGCAGACCUUCUCAGAUAGGAUCAAUUGGAUGUGUGCCACUCUGAGAUUCUAUAAUUUCGGGACAUUCCUCUUGCGUUGGCCUGCUACUUAGACAAGCAUGUGCACCCUAGCACUGAUGUCAGUGUUACUUCAUGUAAAAAAACAAGUGCCCAUUGACUUAGGAGGCUCCUAAUACAGCUCCAGUUUGCUUGUAUGUAUAACUCACAAUUUCUAGUGAACAACAUUGGCAAUGAAGUCUCUGAAAAUGUAUCUCAAAGGUCAUAGGACAUAUAUAUAUAUGUAUUUCUUCCCACCCAAUCAGAAUACCUCUGAUUACUGUAUAACAGGUUUUGUGUAGCUGUUUUAUAUUUAGGUAUUUCUAUAACUGUAUUCAAUAAAUCGAGUCACUUGCUCAUUA